AUGAAUCACAAGCCUGUGUAUUUGCUAGAAAUGAAGAAUUCAGAACUUCACAGAAACACCUGCCCCUUAGAAGAACCCCCAUGUAAUACAGAUAAAGGAGAGCUGGGAAAAGGAAACCGCUCGGCGGCCCGAACCUUGCCGGCUGCAUCACCCUGGGACUGGUUUUACCUUGCAGUGCCAGGACCCGGCCGGGCGAGAAGUCAGCCGCGCCGGGACCACCCGCGCGCUCCGCGCUCCCCGCCUCCUCGCAGCAAGUCAGCUGUCGCCCCGCAUCUGGCUCGCGCCCUGCGCUGGGCUCCGCAUCUGCUCACAGAGCGCUCGGGGCGCUGCGGUCGGCGAGAACCUCCGGGUCACCUGCCGCCGGGCCCAGCCGAGCGCCCCGUCGGCUCUCCGGCCGCUCCCUCCGCCCCUUCCCACCCGCGAGCUGCCCGGCCCGUGACUCAGCCGGGCAUCGGCGCGGGCCCGGGCGCGUCCAGGCUGGAGGCACGGCCAGGCGCCCCAGCGCGCCGCCCGCCCGCCGCAGCACGUGUCUGUCUGCCCGGCGCACCGUCCGUCCGCCCGCCUGCUUGGUCCGCGGGUCCAAGGACCGCUGAGGUGCGGACCAGCACCACCCCGAGGGGGAAAUCGGCCCCCGCCCUUCCUGCCGCCCGCGCGCCGCGCCUGGCCCCGCGGGGGUCGCGUUUCCUCCCUGCCCCGCCCCCGCCCCGGCCCCCGCAAGGUGAAACUUUCUCGGGGGAGAAGUUUCUCGCUUGGCUGCGCGCUCUCGCCUCUCCGAGCUCGGGCAGUUUGCUGGGAGCCCCGCCGCAGAGCGGCGCGACCGAGUCUCCCCCUCCUGGUGCUCGCGCGGCGAGCGUCCCCGGCGCGCACUCCGCGCUGCCCGCGCGCCGCCGGCGGGACAGGCGCGAGGCUCGGCGGCCGCCGGGCGCUGCCCCGGGACCGAGGGAUCCGGGCAGGGCUGAAACAAGGCGUGCAUUGUCGGGGCGGAGGAAGAAAAUAGUAGGAUCUAAUGGAAAGAUACAGGACCAGGAGUCAGGUCCCUCCCAGCUGCACUGUGACCUGGCUGUGGGACCUCAGACAAGCUGUCAGCCUCUCUGGGCCCCAGUUUCCUCUUCUAUGAAAUGAGAGGACUGUACUUGGUUCAGUUCUAAACUGCUACACUUCUGUGAGAGGUGACCAUCAAUAGACUCGUAGUCUGUUUUGGAUCUUCACUGCGAGGAGACUCUUCAAGUAGCAAGUUUCUUCCAAGUUUGGGGCAGCUGUUCGUUGCCUGAGGAGAAAUUUUUAAGCAUGAGAUUCUAACAUGGCUGGAAGGGAAGGAAGAAGCUUGCUGAUGAGCCCAGUUCAAGAGUUCCCUUCUCCUUAAGUGGCAGGCGUUGUGGCCUUGUGACUGCUGAAUGACCCAGGGUGAGAGGCUGGCCGCUGUGACUCUGCUUGGCUGACUCACCAGCUGGCUGACUGCAUCUGCACCUUGGAAGAGCCCAUGAAAGUGACCGUACUGAGCUGGAGGGCUGGAGAGGAGCAGGCAGCGUGGGCAUUACCUCCUUUGUGGCCGAGCCAGCUCUGGUCCAGGAAACGUGGGAAUGGGGACGUGAAAAAGCUUGCUGACCCAAAGUGUGAGGUUCCCAAUGACUAUGCGAAGAGACUUCUCUGUUCUGCAUGUCUUGAAGAGGCGAGCUCAGAUGCCUGUCAUUUUUCAUGGACUUCUGAAGCUUUCUACCUUAGGGAAAGAUUAUGCAUGCAAAGAGCUGAGCAAGGAGCCUGACACCUAAUACGUGCUCAAUAAAUGGUAGCUGCUGUUAUAGUUUGAUUUUAUUUGCCUUAAAAUCCCUAUGUACUUUUGCCAAAAUUCAUUGACAUUAUUUUUACAUCAAAAUUUGAAGGUCUGGUUAUGAGACUGAAGGUCUGUGGUUGGUAAAAUUCUGUAUUUCUCAAGACGCCUGACUGGGGGAUGCACUAACAUCACUCUAAGCCUGAAAAAGAAUUGUUCUGCUCACUCUUUUAUAAG